ACCUCUUUGUCUAUAUCCUUCCAGACUUGGCCAAGGACCUGCCUGACUUACAAGAACUAUUUUGGCACCUCAGUUGAGACCAUGGAAGAGGUGAGGCACACUUUUCUGAGGCAAAUAUAACCCCUGGGCACCUCAGAGACUAAACAACAUAUCUAACCUCUCCCCCAGGCAGGCAAUCACGCAAAGACAAAGAUCUUGAGACCCUAUAUGACUUACACAAAGGAUCCUGGAUUUUAGCCACAAGUCAAUGCAGUGAGCCUUGCUGCUCUCUUGCUGCCAGUCCAGGCCACAUGUGGCAGGCAUGUGAGGCUCUCCUUGGCCACUUUUGGCAACUAAUCUGGAGCCACAUCCGGUUGGCACCCCUGGGAAAUGUCUGGCAUGUAUAUAGCUCAUUUGUCGUCAUACUGGUGCUCUUCCCAGCCAAGGGUUUUUUGAAACUGGCCAGCCAAUAUUUAUUCCAGCCUAAGGAGACUAGUGGCUUGCUUCAGUACCAGGAGGAGCUUGAGGGGAUUAGCCCCCCAUUUCAGUGCCAACAGGAGCCAAAGAUGAGUAGCCCCUUGUUCCAAUGCAUAGAUCAACCUGAGGAGAUUAGCCCCGUGCUACGUUACUUACAGCACCCAGAAGAGUUUACUGAUUUUUACCAAGAACUACCACAGCUGGAGGCAACGGUUGAUACCAUAGACCAGCAGUCAGAGGAACUUAGUCCUGUGCUCCAGUAUCUACAACAGCUGGACAAAAUUGGUAGUAACCUACUUCAACGGGAGAGCUGUCUCUUGACUUCCUACCCAAGAAAUGCCAGCAAAGUGGAGAGUGUGACUCAGGUGCCCAUGGACACAGCCUUCCUAACUCCUGCCGCCACAUACGAUGAAACCAAAAUGGCCAACGUUCCAGCAGAAACGCCUGGAUAUGGAAACGAGGAGCAGGUCACAUCCAACAUGACUGGGGUGCAACUCACCAACAAAAGACCUCUCUCAAGGAGCUUCAGUAAGACCUCACAGAAGCACUCCAACAGCCUAGCAGAUAACAGAAGCAUUAUGGGUAGACCUCCAACAAUGCCACAGGGUUCCCCUUCCACACAGCAUUUCCAAACAAGAAACCACAGUAAACAGAGCCUCAAGCCCAAAACUCCAUCUGCUCUAUGCAUUCACAGUGGGUCACCAAAAACAUAUUCUGGGAAGAAGGAAAGUCCAGACAGCAAUACUCUCAGGGGAGCAGGGAAUUAUCAAGUUGGGAGGUUCACAAGUUCUCGACAGCCUGCCAAUACUUAUCAAGAAGAAAUGGAAGAUGCCCUUAGUGAUUCAUAUGAACAAACAGGAAGGCAGCACCGACCUCUUGGAACCCCAUUACUUGGAUCUUCCCGAAAAGUCCUAAAAGGCAGCCGCGAAGAUGUGAAAGAAUCUGGAACCAUGUCAAGUGCCAAAGAAUCCCUGGCCGCAAGUGGGCAAGAUGUCAAAGCAGAAGGAAAAUUCCUGCAGGAUAAAAACAAUUUAAUACCUGCCAAUAUCAAGGCCAAGUAUGGCACAGCUGUACUGGAGAAGCUGAUUUCUGAAGAACAGGCACGCCGUGCUCUCUGUGAAGCUGGACUUAUUCAAGGGCAGAAACGACUCAGCGAUUUGACAUUCAGGCCACUAGAGAAUCCAAUGGCAUCUUCACCUUAUGCUGAUUAUUACGAACUAGGAUACAACCUGAGGUCCAACAUUUUCCAAGGAGGACCAAUAGAAAGCAAAAGCCUGAUGAAGGAUUCUUAUACCCCAGAUGUGAUAAAAAGAGCAGUUUGGGACCCCAAACACUGGCAUGGAAGGAAAACUGAUGACCUAGGGAGAUGGUUCCAGAAAAACGCCCUAAACCUUAAUCUGCAAAAAGCUUUGGAGCAAAAAUAUGGGGAGAAGAACAAAGGCGGCAAAUCCUAAGAAGGAGUAAAAGAGGCAUGCAAGCCCUCUGUGAAAGAUAUGUGCACUCCCUGGCAGUGGAAUAAAACCUCCUU